AUGGCAUCCGAUAGCACUGUGCGCGAGCUUUAUCGCAAGCACAUCACCGGAUCUCAUAUCCUGCACUACCAAGGAGUCCUUGACGCUUACGGGCAUCUGUCCUUCCGUCACCCUACUAGACCCGAUGUGUUUGUCAUGUCACAGUUCAUCGCUCCGGCGCUGGUCUCGAGUGAGGAGGAUCUCAUUGAGUACUGGGUGAAAGAUGCUUCACCGGUCGAUCCGACCGCUGGGAGAGGCUACUCGGAGCGCUGUAUCCAUAGCGAAGUGUACAGGAGAUACCCAGGUGUGCAGAGCGUGAUCCAUAGCCACAGUGAGGAUGUGGUUCCCUACACCAUUUCGGGUGUUCCCUUGCACGCAUGCUGCCAUGUCGGGGGCUUUCUCGAUCAUCUCCGCCCGUCGGAUCAGCGCGAUAUGCUGGUCCGCAACACCCACCUGGGGGGCGCCUUGGCCUCGUACUUCUCUGCUCCCGAGUCAACCAAACCCGAACACGCCGUGGUCCUCAUGCGUGGCCAUGGCUUCACCGUUCAGGCAGAGAGCAUCGAGGAAUGUGUCGUGCGAGCAGUGUACACCCGGAAGAACGCCAGCGUCCAGACCACGACGCUGCUGACCCGCGCAGCGUACGAAGCGACACAACCAUCCGCCGAGCUUCCAGCCAUCAAGUAUCUGGAUGACGACGAGGUUCAAGGCACCAAUCUUAUGACCAAAGAGUCCGCCUAUCGGCCUUGGGGAUUGUGGGUGAAGGAGGUCGAGGGUCACCACCUGUACAUGAACAAGAUCAAAUAG